AUGUCGCCGUCUGAUAUGAGGUCGAAGUCCCACUCGAGCUCCGACAUUGGCUCGUUUGGGGAAGAAGAUUGGAAAGAAAGGUCGGAGGAGACGGAGAGGGAAGAAGACAUUGCUACAGGGAAAGAUGGAGAUGAGCGGGAGAAGGAAGCUGCUGCGGGCGCGCUGGAGAGGACAUGGCAGCGGAGCGAUGCGUCGCAGAAGGGAGGCGUGUCGCCCAGGAUUCAUGCAGGGGCGAGCGCAGGCGGCCGGGGGGAAGCGCUGGCGAGGAUGACGAGCGGCAGUAGGACGCAGCAGGGGUUGAGGAGGUCGCACAUCACAAUUUCGCAGCAGUCUCAGCACUUGCAGCAAGCCACUCUAGGGGAGGCCAGCCUCAGCACUUGCAGCAAGGCGCCUACUCUGGCAGAGGCCAGCUUCAGCACCUGUAAAGUGGAGAACGGGCCAGCAGCGCGGCCGGCGUUGAAGAUGGCAUCCUUGGAGAUCCUCAUCGAGGAGUCCAACGUGCAGCCGGUCAACAGCCCCGUGACGGUGUGCGGCGACAUCGACGGCCAGUUCCACGACCUGAUGAAGCUCUUCGCCACGGGAGGCCAUGUCCCCGAGACCAGCUACAUAUUUAUGGGUGACUUUGUGGAUCGUGGGUUCAACAGCCUUGAGGUCUUCACCAUUCUUUUGCUCCUAAAAGCCAGGUAUGCCAUUGAAUGUAUGCUUGACCUAGCUGAUGCAAUGAAGUUUGAGCAUGUUGGAGACUAA